CGAAGAGGUAUACCGUGACCUUUUCCACUCUGGCUUUGAGCUUGGACUUAGAGGCCGGAGUACGCCAUUUUACCACGUUGCUUCCCGAAAAGAACAUGAGCAACAAAAUCAAUGGCAAAGGUGUGCGGUCCGAGUCCAUCGCGACUCCCACAGCCACGACACUAGGACAAGCUUCUGGACCAUCAAAAAUCCAACAGCCUAAGCCACAGGCACUACCCAAUAAAUCUGGUCCAUCCGCUAUUCUUGUCUCGACACGACAGAAAGGAAAUCCAAUUUUGAAUCAUAUCAAGAUCGUACCUUGGGAAUAUGCAGAUAUCCCGGCCGAUUACGUGAUUGGUAACACCACCUGCGCAUUGUUCUUGUCACUCAAAUACCAUCGCCUUCAUCCUGAAUACAUAUACUCGCGCAUACGGCAGCUUGCAGGAAAAUAUCUCUUGCGCAUUGUGCUAGUGAUGGUCGACAUAGCGAAUCACGAAGACAGUCUACGAGAAUUAUCCAAAACGUCCCUCAUCAAUAACCUUACGUUGAUGCUUUGUUGGUCGGCACCCGAAGCCGCACAUUACCUAGAGCUAUACAAAUCCUCUGAAAACUCUCAGCCUACAGCUAUUCGCACGCAGCAGGCUCAAUCCUACCAGGAGUCACUUGUCGCGUUUGUGACUACUCCUCGGAGCAUCAAUAAAUCAAAUGCUGCGAGCUUGAUUUCCACGUUCGGGAGCCUAGAAAAUGCCAUCAAUGCGCAGCCCGAGCAGAUAAGCGCCGUUCCUGGGUGGGGAGAGAAGAAGGUUAGGCAAUGGUGCAAUACAGUGAGGGAAGGAUUUCGGGUGGAGUCGAUGAAAAAGAAGUGUGCCCCUCUUCAGGAUGCGAACCAUCGAUCGGCACAUCUGAGAACUAAUAAGCCUGAGACUCCUUCAAGGUUGCAUAGGGAUCAAGAGCAGGUUGAUGAAGGUGUUCUGUUUACAGAAUUGGAGAGUAGCAGGCUUGAGGCAUACAGACAAACUAAUGAAGAUCGACGGGCCAACGAAGGCGCUCAGUCGGAGGACAUGGACCAUGGCAUCAUGGCAGCACUGGCAAAGCUUCGUGAGAAUGGCGGUUGACGAAGUGCCAAGUUGUGAUCACAUCAACAUAUCAAGCCCUUUUACUGGUCAACAGGACCUUAGGUCUGACCUCCCGGGCCAUGUCAUGUACGUGUAUAUCGUGCUUAUCAGU